AUGGCCCGCGGGUCCACAGGUGCCUUUGCCUGGUGCCUGCACAGCCCAUGUCUGUGCCCCUUGCAGUGUGACCUGAGAGGACUGUGGAGGAACGAGCAGGAGUCGCUGAUGGAGAUCUCAGCACUGCGGGAUGACGGUGGCUUCCAGGGCAAAUACCUGACCCGAGUGAGCCUGUCCGGCGGCUGCAUCCGCGUGUCCCCCCUCAGAGGCGCCCAGCAGGACCUCAGCGAGGCAGCCUGGCCCACGUUUGGCUUCACCGUGCGCUGGGAGAAGUUCUCCAAUGCCACGGCUGUCUUUGUGGGGCAGUGCUUCGUGGACACGGGUGGGAAGGAGGUCCUGGCCACCACCUGGCUGCUGCGCGAGCCCGUGGGCUCUUUGGAGGAUGACUGGAGAGCCACAAGGGUGGGCAGAAAUGUCUUCACGCGCAAGCGCAGCCCCACAGGGAAGACCCUCCAGAGCUGGGCUCCCUCCUGCGAGGACAGCCCGUCGCCCGUGCCUUGA